AUGGACACUCCACCUCUCAUGUUCUCGGGGACGCUAAAAGUCCAAGUCUGUCACGCUCUCUGGACUAAGAUGCCGGUGCAGUUGACCUAUUGUCGACAGGACUAUCGUCAUGCGCUGCCCGUACUAGUAAUCCGUCGACCGGGUGUUCUCGGUGGAGAAUCUCGCAUUCCUCUUGAUCCGUGUGUACACCCAGUGCGUCUAUUAGCUACGACAACGAAGAUGUCAUCCAGACUUGAAUUUGCGUUAGAGUAUGGAUGGCACACGAAGCGAUUUCGUCUGCGGGCCCCUGAUGUUAGCAAUUAUAGACAAUGGAUGAGCAGUAUAAGAGGUGCAUUAGAGUCCGGUAAGAGACCGCUUUCAACUUGUACAGCUGAACGAUCGCAGCAAGACCUUGAGUCCUCGAUUCUCACGCCAACUGCCAACAGUAGCAACAAUGACACCUCAAGACUCCACAUCGGACACAGAGUGUCGAAAGAAGAAGAAAAAGAUGAUGAUGAUGAAGAUGGCAAAGCAUCUAAUAGCCACGAUUAUUUUUACGAUUGGAAAACUCCUCGUGAGUUUUCCAUGCUACUCCAUAUCCCAAAGGCUAGAUCAAGUAUGAACGACCUUAUUCUUACCUCGCCUCGCAGUGCAGUCAUUGGAAACUGCAGCUGUGAUCGACAGCAACAACAUGUCCAGUCUAAUCCAAUGGACCACUCUUUCUGUCCGUCACGCAACUUUUUCUUCGAAUCGACAGCAUUUAUCCAUCAAUUGGAUGUCCAGACAAGCUUUUGGUACAUGUUGCUGUAA